AAGAGACUACUGACAUGGUGGGGAAGCCCAUUCUUCACUACUUCAAUGCCCGGGGCAGAAUGGAGUCCAUCCGCUGGCUCUUGGCUGCAGCUGGAGUGGAGUUUGAAGAGAAGUUUAUAGCAACUCCAGAGGAGUUGGAAAAGUUAAAAACUGACGGGAAUUUGAUGUUCCAGCAGGUGCCCAUGGUGGAGAUUGAUGGGAUGAAGCUGGUACAGUCCAGAGCCAUCCUCAACUACAUUGCCAGCAAAUAUGAUCUCUACGGGAAAGACAUGAAGGAGAGAGUACUGAUUGAUAUGUACACAGAAGGUAUGGCUGAUUUGAAUGAGAUGUUCAUUCUUCUGCCAUUAAGUCCUCCAGAUGAAAAAGACGCCAAGAUUGCCUUGCUCAAAGACAGAACAGUGAAUCGCUACUUGCCCGUCUUUGAAAAUGCGUUGAAGAGCCAUGGACAAGACUACCUUGUUGGCAACAGAUUGAGCAAGGCUGACAUUCACCUGUUGGAAGUUCUCCUCUACAUUGAAGAGCUUGACCCCAGCCUUCUGGCCACCUUCCCUCUGCUGAAGGUGAUCUAUUUCAAAACCAGGAUCAGUAACUCACCAAUGUGA